AUGUCUACAGAACAAGUUCUAACGUUGUUCGACUCCCUCUGGUUUGAAACUUCAAUUCUCACCAACAAAAACCCUUCAAAUUCUCACACAAAACUAGAAGAAUCUCUUCCUCAAAACACAAACAUCUUAGUUCAACCUCCAAAUCUAGAUGUUAGGUUCUAUAGUGAACAAAACUUGAGUUUCACAGGCUCGGCUUUCUCUGAUUCUCCAUCACCGAAUUCUGUCCUCACUUCAUCUAAGCUUCGAACAAUCCCUUCUGAGAGAGAAAUCACAAAAUUCUCAAAUGGGGCAAGCACGGAAAAGAAAGAUAUAAACAACAAGAAAAAACAGAGCAACACUCACAAUCAGAGAAGAAGGAGAAGGAAAAGUAGAAGUUUAUCAGAGCUUGAGUUUCAAGAACUAAAAGGGUUUAUGGAUUUGGGUUUUGUGUUUUCUGAGAAAGACAAAGAUUCAACACUGGCUUCAUUGAUACCUGGUUUACAAAGACUAGGAAAAGAAGAAGAUGAUGAAGAACAGAAGAAGAUUGUAUCUGAUGAGACGCCUUAUUUAUCUGAAGCUUGGGAUUUGGUAGACCUAAGGGGGAGAAGAAAUCCAUUGUUGAAUUGUAAGGUUCCUGAUAAGGGUAGUGAGAUUGAUAUGAAACAUAAUCUGAAAUACUGGGCUCAUACUGUUGCAUCCAUUGUUCGUUAG